AUGAAUUUCCAUGAUGAGUCUUGCGAUGAGCUGACGUUUCGUUCUGGCGGGUGGGGCCAGAACGUCACGCUCCGUAAGCUUCUCGAUUGGAGCACCGAUGUUGGUGUUGAAAGCGGAUUCCCAGUCGCCAUCUUGGCAUCCUCCGCACUUGCUCACUGCACCCGAAGGCUUCUUCACGACCGCAAUACCGAUGAGACUCCCCCGUGGAACUCAAAGUCGGAGUUUGCAUCAAUCACGUCACUCCUUCUCCUCGUCGAGUCACGCCUACAAGUCGAUCAGCAUCCCAUCAAGAGUGUUGUCGAUACUUAUAGGCUUGACGACGGUAUCAUAGACCACCCCGCGAUGGGUCACGUCAUCUUUGCACGUACAGGAUUCCACGUUUGCUACUGCCUUCUGUACCACCCGUUUCUUGUGCGCGAGCAAGUACGGAAGGUCAAGUGUCAAAUUCCAUCAAGCUUCAUGCGCCUCGCCUCACAGAAGAGCUACGAACAUGCUCGAGAUCUGGUCAAAUUACUGCACGACGCCGAAGAAGUAGGGUGCCACCUGGGUGCGUCGUUCUACGCAUAUUCGGCGUGCCUAGCUGGCAGCAUUCUCUCACUUCACAUGCACGCCGAGAAGGAUACCGACAGCCAGCGUCACUCGGAACUGUUGAGUGCUACCCAAGACAGCAUAUCCAUACUUGAAGGAAUGGCAAAAUUUUGGGAUCACGCAUCCGAAAUUCUGCACCGUCGGCUGCUAUCUUUCAAUGCAAACGCGUAUCUUUUCGAUUCACUCCUUGACUCGCAGCUGAAAUCAGGCAUGGAUCCAGAGUGGGAAAGGGCCCUCUGGUCGAUGAUUGACUACGGGGAGAUGUGCCGCGAAUCCAAUCUUUCUAUCCCGAGUCCGAAGAUACCGGCGUCUUCAGACUCCCCGACGUUUCCGGGACUCGAACUAGGAAGUGAGCAGAUGUUGGAUUUGGGACUUGACUCACAACAAAUACUCGGGGUCGACGACGACAUGAUGAAUUUUGAUACUCCGAACAUCAAGUGUCUUCUUGAACUGGCUUCUGGUGGAGGCUAGCGUAGCCUUGACUCAAUGCAACGGCUCGCCCUGCCUUGCGGACGAGUACCUCCCUAGUUCGGGUCGAUGCAGCGUUUGCCAUCCCACACAUGCACCCCAGAUAGCUAUCACUGAACCAUUUUAAGGAGGU